AUGUCCUCUUCUCCCGUCGAAACCGUCAUGCCUGACUGUCCCGUUGAUCCCGAGUGCAUAGGUGUCUUCUGGGACGUGGUGGAUUUCCCGUUCCCUAAGGGUCUUAGCCCUGAUAUGAUUUAUGACAAGACGAAGUUAUUUCUUGAGUCGUUGGGUUGUUGUGGUGAAUUGUCAAUCAUAGCUUAUGCUAAUGAAGGACAGUUCGAUGAUAAAUUGGUGGGUGUCUAUGAAGAUGCCAAAAUCAUCAUUGUUCCCCGACUAGCGGAUAAGCUCUCCAGGUAUCGUUCUACGUGUGUGGACAUUGCAAUGUGGGAAGUGGAUACGUGUAACUACGAUUUUCAUGCAAAAAAUUUGAUGGUACUGUCCAAGGAAAUAGAAAAAGACUCGUUUCUCUUCAAAUUUCUCGAUUCCAUGGCAUGUCCAUGUCACCAUGUUUUCUUAACACUUGAUCAUGAUCCUCCACCAUCACGCGUUCGUCGGCUAGAGCGGAUAAGCUUCAGUCUCCCCUUAGAGCCUGUCGAUCAAAGUGGAAACUUACUUGGCAGCUCCCGCGAAACCAUGCCUGAUUGUCUCAUCGCUCCUGAUUCUCCCGUCGAAUCUUCGUCCUACGAGCCUUGCGCAGCACAUGUCUUCUGGGACGGCGUGGAUUUCCCGCUACCUUAUAAUGAUCCUCAUUAUGCGUAUAUGGUUUCACAUUCGUCUCUUAACGAGUUUGGUGCUCCUGGUGAGUUGUCACUCGCGGCUUAUGUUGACCAUGCAGACUUCUGCGGUGAAACGGAGACGGAUGGAAUCACCGUCAUUCCCUGUCAAGGGGAUGAAGAAGCGAGAUCUCAUGGUAUGUUGAUGGACAUUGUUUUGUGGGCAAUGGAAAAUCCUGCCACCUAUUUUGAACCAAUAACUUUGAUGGUAAUCUCAAAAAACAUCAAACAAGGAACGUGUUUCCUCAAUGCACUUGAAGCUUUGGGUAAUAGACAUUACAAUGUCCUCUUAGGACUGCCCAGCCCUCAAGAUGUCUCAUCUCCGAUGGCCAUUAAAUCUUUGAACUGUGGGUCUGAUAUAUUCAUCUUCUGGGAUGUCCUCGGUUGUCCAACCGAUUUUUCGACUGUGGACCAGGUUCUUCGCACAAAGAGUUAUCGUGGCAAUGUGAUUGUUAGGCCUUACGUUGAUGCGGAGUACAGGGAUGAUUCGUUUGAUACGACACCCAAUCGUUUUCGGUUUAAGUCUAGCAUCAGAGUCGUAUCCGAAGAGGAUGAUAAAUAUGAGAAAGUGACGAGGAUGUUGCUGGACAUCAUUUUCUGA